GGCGCGGCGUUGGCAGCCCCGGCUCCCGGGCCGGGCAGCGGCGGUCCCGGGCCCCGCGUGUACUUUCAGAGCCCCCCUGGGGCCGCAGGUGAAGGCCCGGGCGGAGCGGACGACGAGGGCCCGGUGAGGCGGCAGGGGAAGGUCACCGUCAAGUACGACCGCAAGGAGCUGCGGAAGCGCCUCAACCUGGAGGAGUGGAUCCUGGAGCAGCUCACGCGCCUCUACGACUGCCAGGAAGAGGAGAUCCCAGAGCUGGAGAUCGAUGUGGACGAACUCCUAGACAUGGAGAGCGAUGAUACCCGGGCUGCCAGGGUCAAGGAGCUGUUGGUUGACUGUUACAAACCCACUGAGGCCUUCAUCUCUGGCCUGCUGGACAAGAUCCGGGGCAUGCAGAAGCUGAGCACACCCCAGAAGAAGUAAGGGUCCCUGACCCAGGCGAACCGGAUGGUGGCUCCCACAGGACAAUCGCUGCCCCCUGACCUCGUAGCAACAGCAAUACCAGGGAACCCUGCAGCCAGGCCUGGUGCUUUGAGCAGGGCUCCCUCUGUGCCCCUGGCCUAGGGGCGUCUUCCCUUGCCCCCUCAGUUUUCCACUUUUGGGGUUUUUUAUUGUUAUUAAACUGAUGGGACUUUUUGUGUUUUUAUAUUGACUCUGCGGCGCGGGCCCUUUAAUAAAAGUAGGAUAUGCCUUUGA